UGUAAAUUUCCUCAUAACAGUUUUUCCUUGCCAAUGGCUCCGUUUGAAUUGGAUGAUAUCCCUGACCAUCGUCUGAAGAGCUGAUCUCUUUCAGAGGGUGAUCUAGGAUCAUCGUUCAAAACAGACGAAAUCGUUGACAGGAAAAACUUUUAUGUAGUGAGGUUAACCGAAAUUUACAUUCCUAGAAGUCCUUAAGGAUACACUGUGAGAUAGCUGGUGGUGGACAUGGCACUUUUGUGCUGCGAUGAAGGCGUCACCGGUCAAAUACGUUUGCUACUUCAGGACCCGGGUAGCCGUAUUGAUUUCCUCUACGACAGGAAUAGCAUGCACUCAACAAUCUUGCGACACUCACAAUCGACAACACCAAUCUAUAAAACGGAUAAAUGAAUACUACGCAUGCUACACUACCAAAUACCAUUCAAUAAAACAACCACAUGAUUGAUACUCAAUCUGCCAAAAACCAUUGGAAACUUUUAUUCCUAUUGCACACUUCAAAGUACCUCAAGGUCAGCUGGCAGCCCAUAGUCUUUUACA